AUGAUGGAAUAUAAGCGGCUUGGUCAGCUUCUGAUUGAGUGCGAAACAGUCCUCGAGGACGAUUGGCAGGGACAGGCAUUGACAAAGUCUUAUCCCAACGGUGUUAGGGAACUAAACCAGUGCAUCAAUAAUGCCAUAGAGAAUCCCAACAAAGUCACCUCCGGUAAGCCCGAUGGACAGACAGACUUUCAGCUCAUAUUCGAGUAUGAUCUCCAGUCGUGCACCCUCAGCCACAACCUUGGCCCUCUAGGACAGCCUCCCUCCGACACCAAGCCCUUGAUUCAGGACAAAUACAUCUAA